AGUACUGAGUUGUAUGAAGAUGCUCCAUCAGCAUGCUGGCCUAUCGUAUAUUCUCCAGACUACAACAUCACAUUCAUGGGACUUGAGAAGCUGCAUCCCUUCGAUGCGGGGAAAUGGGGAAAAGUAAUCAAUUUCUUGAAAGAAGAAAAACUAAUUGCAGAUGACUUGAUUGUACAGGCACGGGAAGCUACUGAUGAAGAUCUCUUGGUUGUUCACACAAGGCGCUACCUUAAUAAAUUAAAGUGGUCAUUUGUUGUGGCUACAAUCACAGAAAUUCCACCAGUUGCCUUUCUUCCCAAUUUCGUUGUUCAGAGAAAAGUUUUGAAACCUCUACGAACCCAGACAGGAGGAACAAUAAUGGCAGGAAAACUUGCUGUUGAUAGAGGCUGGGCGAUCAAUGUGGGGGGUGGUUUUCAUCACUGUUCAAGUGACAAAGGUGGAGGAUUUUGUGCAUAUGCUGAUAUCACGCUGGCUAUAAAGUUCUUAUUUGAAAGAGUACAAGGGGUGUCUAAAGCCACAAUUAUUGAUCUGGAUGCUCAUCAGGGAAAUGGCCAUGAGAGGGACUUUAUGGAUGAUCAUCGGGUAUAUAUUAUGGAUGUGUACAAUAGAUAUAUUUAUCCAGGGGAUGGAUUUGCUAAAU